CCCGCAUACCUCUUUCCUGGUGACGUGUCACGUGACUGCGGCAUGGCGCUGUUGUCUUAAUGUGCAGCGUAUCAAAAUACUAUUAAUUUCUAAUGACCCAGGCCUCUAGAUGCACAGUUAAACUGAAUUUAUGAAAUGCUGCCUCCUCCAGCCCUGUUUCACUUCCUCUGGGAGAUCAAUACAGACCUGGUGAAAGAUGGUGCUUCAGUCCGAACGUAUGGCAGACUUAUAAGUUACAAGCCAGAAGGGUCCAAAGCCGUUCUAAGUGGUCAGCAAUCUUCUGCAGAGUGCCAUGUGUCUGUACAAACAACACUUGUUGAACCAUUCCAGCCCACACUUGGAGCUCAGUAUUUUGUUCUUGGUGAAAUUGAAAAGACUGAUGGAUUAAGUGGAGUUAUUCUACAUGCUCGUGCUUUGAGUAAUGUUGAUGGUGUAGACCUCAUACUAAUGCAAAAGGCCAUUAUGGAACAGAGAUGUUUCUUUAAGGAGAGAAUGCCUGAGAUUCAUGAGCAAGCUCCCCAUUGUUAGCCCUCAUGUAUAAAAAAAAAAAAAAAACUUUGAAAUGUGAUUAGUUGUUAAAUAUUUUUCAUUGUUGUGUUUUUGUACAAUUUGAGAUUAUAUGACUUUGUGUCAACGUCUCAGAAAGCAUAGGAUUGUAAUGUUUAUUUACAGCAAGUAGAUGUGAAUCAUCAAAUUCGAUUUUUUUACAUUAGUGAAAAUAAAUCUACUUUUAAAUGUUUGAAAAUAAAUAAGUAAAAUAGGCAGUGUUUGUAGCAGAGGGGAAUAGCUCUUCAGUUAUAUAUUGUGUUGCUGUAUUUUGAAUGGUAUUUGUUUCAAACUUUGGCCACGUUCUCACAGCAGCAGAAUACAGUUGUCAGUCCUGUAUUUAAGUCCUUAAUAUGGGUACGUUCACACACAAUACAAUUAUUGUCAGGCAUGACAACCUUCAGUAACCUAGCUCACACCAGUAAAUAUUCAGGACUCACAACCGCAUUCUCUGAAAACCUGCGCUGUGUGAGCGGAACAGGACUGGAAAACUAGUUGUCUGUCAUGUCUUACAGUGAGAGAGAGCCACUCUGCUGCACAAAUGCGUGUUUACCAUGAGUUGCGUGUUUUCAUGUGUGGUUUCUGUAACUUACAGUAACAGAGAAAUGAGCUGUGUGUCAUCUGAAAGUUUUAGAUGCAGUCUCCACCGGAAUUGCUCCUGUCAGUUUUGUGUUCUGUGUGCGACUCAAAUGCUCUGCUCUCCACCCAAGUAUAAAAUCUGCUGUCGGUUAAUAAAGAUUUGACAGAUUAAUUGUUAUUCAACUGGACUCUUGUCAUGUUAGAAUGUGAUAUUAUUUUGGUCACUGUCGCUAUGGUUACUGGUAAGGAAUACGGACUUGACACCGUAUUCCUUAGCCCGUAGCCUUUAUGACAAACCCUGUGUAUACUAUGGCUAUGUUCACACUGUCAGUUUUUGGGAUUGACAACCGCAUUUACUUAAAGGUGACCAAAGUAAUAUCAAAGAUGGCAACGUACAUAAAACAAUGAAAGUCUUAUCACUUUCUGGCAUGACAAGACUCCAAUCGAGCCGCAAGUUCAUCUGUCAAAUCUUCAUUAACCGACAGCAGCUUUUAUAUUUGUGUGGAAAGAGGAGCAUUUGAGUUGAGCGAAGAACACAAAACUGACAAAGAGUGGCUCUGGAGGAGACUGGAUCUAAAAAUUUUAUAUGACAAACAGCUCAUUUCUCCGUCACAUGUGUGGUUACUGAAACCACACAUGAAAACACGCAACACACUGUAGAAAUGUGUUUGCACAGCAGAGAGACUCUCUCUCACACUUUGACAGUUGUCCAGUCCUGUUCCUUUCACACAGCGUGUUUUCCGAGAAUGCGGUUGUGAGUCCUGAAAAUGUACUGGUGUGAGUUCGGUUACAGAAUGCAGUUGUCACACCCGUAAAUAAUCAUACUGUGUGUGAACAUAACUAUAUUGAGGACUCAAAUACAGGACUGACAACCGUAUUCUUCUGCUGUGUGAAUGUGGCCAUAAGUACAAAAGGUAAAAACACUAUAAUUCUUUUUUUUUUUUAUAUAUAUAUAUAAAUAAUAAUUAUAAGAAAAUUAUACAUUUUGUGCUAUUACAAAGAUACACUGCAGUGUGUGUGCUGCUUACUAAAAUGCCUUGGAUAUGCUUGUGCAUAAUAUAUAUCUGAUACCUCUCUUGCAGUACAUGUUUAUUUCAUUUAGUAAAAACAAAGUAAAUUUAACAACAAAAAAAGAACAGUACAGAAGUCAUUCAUUGCAUUUUUAAUUAUUUUCAAUGAUUCUUGACAGCAGUUUCAGAAAUUACAGAGAAUGUUAAAGACAUAAAAGUAUAAUGACUAUAAAUCAGAAAUUGCAAUUCUGGCCCAUCAUACCAAGGAAAUAAAAAAUAUAUGAAUUGCA